AUGGCGGAUGAAAUAUGGCAUGAUUUACAGCAUAUGGUUCUAGGGCGUGAUGACCCUGAACUCCUUGUUCCACACCAAGUGUAUACUAGUGUUGUUGCUAGCAACAGACUCAGUCUUAUUGGGAGACCUCUCAACACUCAUGCACAAAACCUCAGAAGGAUCCUUAGUGCUUUACCUCGCAGUUGGGGCAGGGGCAUGGCUGCAAGAGUUCAUGGACGUAUACUUGAUGGUCAGUGUGUGCAGUUUCGUUUUCGCUCUGAGUCUGACUUAGUCUCAGUGAUAAGGAGAGCUCCAUGGUUGUAUAAUCACUGGUUUGUAGCUUUACAAAGGUGGGUGGACUUUCCAGGGCCUGAUUUCCUCACUUUUAUAGACUUAUGGGUACAGGUAAGGGGAAUCCCUCCCCCUUAUGUGUCUGAGUUGUCGGUUCGCUUCAUUGCUCAUACUCUUGGACCAGUUAUUGAAGUAGACUUUAAUGAGAUCACAUCUACUCAGAUAGCUUUUAUCAGAGUUAAGGUGCGCAUCAGUAUUACAGAUCGUCUGAGGUUCUUCAGGAGAGUCAGGUUUGAAUCCAGAGAAGAAGCCAUGAUUGGUUUUGAAUAUGAAAGACUUCAAAGGAUAUGUACAAAUUGUUGUCGUAUCAACCAUGAUGUUGCUCACUGUCCUUACUUGGUCCCUCAGGCUGCUCCAAAUAAUGAAGAAAAUGAAGAUAACAAUGAUGCAGAUGUUCUAGUGGUCCCUGUUUGGAAUGAGGGAGCUGGAUCUAACAAUCCUACUCCUCCUCCUCCUCUUGAAAAUCAGUCUUCAAGCUCAAGCUCGGAAAUCUCCUCUUACAGUCCUAUCUCUCAACCACCAAAUCCUGCUUCUCCACUUUUGGACCUGAAUCAGAUGGUGGAGGAACAUCGACCCAUCAGAUUUGAUACUUCAAGUUUUUCUUCUAGUCGUGGAGUUCAUACCAAAGCUAGAUAUGAAAUUGGUGAAAGUUCCAAAAGGAAAAAAGACAAACAAGUGGAUCUCAAUUUUGAAAGAAACACUCGGAGAUGCAGACAAGAUCAUGGAAUCAGGUUUUAUCCGGUUUCUGGUCAGCCACCAUAGAUCUUCUCUGUCCUUGGUAAUAAGAGUAUAACGUGCCCUUAUACUCUGUAAACUCAACCUUUUGAGGGCAUGAAGUGCUUUGUUU